CAGAACAGGUCAUGAUAGUUCUCUACCAAGUGAUCAAUAUUAGUCUCCCCUGACACAACAGAGCCGGAAAAAAUUCUUAUUGUUUCUUGGACAAUGGAUCCCUUAUAUUCGGCAGUCAGUUUAUUUAGCAGACGAAAGUACGAAGAAUGUGCAGCUAUAUGUUCGACUCUGUUAAAGAAGAAUCCGUUGGAUCAGGCAAUCUGGAUUCUCAAAAUGCGUGCUUUGACGCUUCAAGUUUAUGUGGAUGACAUCGAAGGUGAAGAAGAAGGAAUAGCAGAAAGUAUUUUAGAUAAUGACACAAUUGCUGCUAUGCCUCGACCAGGGACAUCACUUAAGAAUCCAGGCACCUCACUACCUGGACAAGGUUUUCGGCCAAAAACAGAAUCAGGUAGACCAGUCACAGGUGUAGUUCGACCCGCAACUCAAUCUGCAAGAUCAGAAACCAUGGAACAAGCUUUGAGAACAGCUAGAACAUCAAAAACAGCAAGACCAAUCACUGCAAAUACUGGCCGCAGUAUUAGACUUGGCACAGCAUCAAUGUUGACAGAACCUGACGGACCAUUUAUACAGCUAUCGCGUUUAAAUAUAUCAAAAUAUGCGGCUCAACCUGGUAUUGCCAAACCUUUAUUUGAGUACAUUUACUAUCAUGAACACGACGCGAGAUAUGCUCUUGAUUUAGCAGUCCAAGCAACUCAAGCGUGCCAAUUUAAAGAUUGGUGGUGGAAAGUCCAGUUGGGUAAAUGUUAUUAUGCUCUUGGACUAACUCGAGAUGCAGAGCAUCAGUUCAGAUCUGCUUUGAAGAACCACAAAACCAUUGAAACUAUUGUUAGAUUGAUAAGGGUAUAUAUCAGAUUAGAUCAGCCAUUUGCUGCAUUGGAUAUUUGCAAAGGAGGUCUCGAUUAUUUUUCAAAUGAAGUAACUAUUUUGACCGAAAUGGCUCGUGUUUUUGAAGGUUUAAAUAACAUGCAAAUGUCUAUGAAAUAUUAUAAAUCAGUACUGCAAGAGGAUGCAGCACAUAUCGAAGCUAUUGCAAGCAUUGGCAUGCAUCAUUUUUAUAACGAUCAACCAGAAACGGCAUUGCGUUAUUAUAGGCGUCUUUUACAAAUGGGAGUUUUUAAUGCUGAACUCUUCACCAAUUUGGGCUUGUGCUGUUUCUAUGCUCAGCAGUAUGAUCAUACAAUAUCAUGCUUUGAGAGAGCACUCAAUCUUGCAACAGAAGAGAACAUCGCUGACGUGUGGUAUAAUAUUUCUCAUGUGGCCAUUAGUGUAGGCGAUAUACACAUGGCACAGGAAUGUCUGAGACUAGCAAUUUCUGCAGAUAACAGUCAUGCUUUAUCUUACAACAAUCUUGGAGUAUUGGAAUCUAGAAAUAAUAAUGUAACAGCUGCUCGGACUUAUUUUCAUGCUUCGGCAAAUCUUGCCGGCUAUUUACAUGAACCACACUACAACAGUGCAAAGUUAGCUUACGAGGUUGGAGAUUUACAAACAAGUUAUAUUGUUGUGCAAAGAGCACUGCGAGCAUAUCCAAAUCAUCAGGAGAGCAGAGAACUUUUCCAGAGAUUACAGAGGCAUUUUUCUUACAUCUAAAUAGUAGGCAGAGAAAGAUAGAAUUUCGUAUUGAUGUCUUUUUUUUUAUUGGAACAUUUGAUUUAUGCUUAUUCAAUAGUUAUCACUUAGUUAUACACGUUAAUAUUAUUAUUUAUAUAAUAAAUAUUACAUAUUUUCAUUUGACAUUGAAAAUAAAAUACUUUUAAUCCUAGGAAAUGCAACGUUGAAUAUUGAUAAUCACGUUUGAUUAUUCAGAUGUUAAAAAGAGUUCAGAGGCUACAUACCUUUGAAAGAUUUUAACCCGCAUUAAGAGAAAGACAGAACCAGCUUUAAUCUUCAAGCAAAUUUGCCAGUUAAUUCAAUGUCAAUCUUUUAUUGGGCUUUGUGCAGCUUUAUACAGUCUUGAAGUCAAAAUCAAUUCUUCUUUGUGUUUAAGAUUUUUCACGUGGAGUGUGAUAUCACUAACCACGAUAUGAUAAAGUAAAA